AUGACACUUUUCAAGCAAGUUCUGGUUAGCUGUAAUGUAAGGGAAAAUGUGAAUUUUCACAAAAAAAUUAUAUUGGAUGAAAGUGCUGAAGAUGGCGAUUAUAAUCACGAUGCAAAUGUAGAUUUAUAUGAUGAUGUCAUCACAGCACCAUCCAGUGAUGGUCAGCAAGCAGAAGAGUGGACUACUGAUCAGGAUGUUAUUGACGCCAUUAACAGUGUUAAUGUAACUGAUGUUUUAGAUAUUAAAUUUUAUGAAAAUAGAGCAAAUGGACAAUCAAAAGGGUUUUGUGUUGUUACUCUUGGUUCAGAUAAUUCAUUUCGGCUUGUAAUGGAGAAAUUACCAAAGAAGGAGCUUCACGGACAAAAUCCAGUUGUUACUCCAUGCAGUAGACAGAAUUUGAAUCAUUUUGAAAUGCAGUCACGUAAGCCAAGUCAAGGUUAGUAGUAUUGUAUUAUUAUUUAUUAAGGGAUUGUCUACUUUUUUA